GUGAGUGGUCACAAAUGAAUUUUCUAAAAACCAUCUUUGGUCCAAGUAAUCUGCCACAAGACAGCCUCAAUUCCGGCAACUCUGUUGACUGUGUGUCUAAGACUUGUGUAUCCAUUCAUACAGGAGUAGCAGAAACUCCUGGUCGUAGGCGAGUGUUUAGCACCGCUGACGGGAAGAACUUCUACGUGGCUGACAACGAUUUCAGCAACUUUUCGGCAAUUCGAACGCUUUUUGACGACGCUGGGCCGUGUGUUGCAGGAAGUCCUGAUUCGAUUCUCAAUCUUCCUGUCUUUAUCACAAGCGAUAUACUGGACAAACUGGUACUUCUAGCCAGAUGUCGCAAUGCCAAUGGAGGAUUCAAUUCUGAGAAGGUAGACGCAUUGCUUGAAAACGCAGCUGCUGUAGAGCUCCUAAAAAUGGUGGAUGCUUGCAUCUAUCUUGAUGCUCGUCACUUGGCAAGAGAAUGUGCGCGCCGUGUGGCUAUACUCAUAGAAGGCAAAAAUACUGUAGAAAUGCGCACUCACCUUGAACUUCCGAAAGAUCCUCCACUAACAAACGAAAUGAAUGAAGAGCUUAACAAGAUCUCCAGAUUUGUGCAGUAAUUCGAAGAAAAUGGCACCGUAAAAACACUAUAUUUCUAACAAACCUAC